CCCUUCUUUCAAAAGUAUUAUCUUUUUUGUUUCCCCAAUUUACCGCCGCUUCACAAUUCAAGAUUAAUUCCAGACCGCAAGCAAAAAUUCACGAGUCACAAUUUAACACCGGAAGGUAACCGAGGACUUGCACCGGCAAGCCCUACCUCAAAUUUCCAGUCACAAGGCUGGUACGCCAGCUGGCUCCCGGGCCGUUGCCACCGCCUUCCGACCUCCGAUCGAACCCGAUGGGUUUGGUGGCCGGUUCAGUUGCACACAUGAAAUCAUUUUGUUUGAUGACCUAAAAACCAAAAUGGUUUAGUCACGAGCGAGGCUAUCCAAGGAAAUCUAUCGCCUUUCGCCCCCUUCGCCCCCCGCUUCGUUUGGGUGCAUCUCCCGGUUUUCCUGCUAAAGACUUGGCAGUGGAAGCCAAUUUAGUAAAUCAUCUCAUACUGUCAUGCGGAAAUCUUAGGAUCUUACAGUACUUGGUACAGUGCUUUAACUUCUGAGACAAGACAGCACAGGAAUGGGAAGCAUCAAGGAGGAGAAGUUCAGGUUCUGCAUCGACAGAGGAGGAACAUUUACGGACAUCUAUGCUGAAGUCCCUGGACAAUCAGAAUGCUGUGUAAUGAAACUCUUAUCGGUAGAUCCUUUGAACUAUGAUGAUGCUCCUAUUGAAGGGGUACGUAGAAUCCUGGAAGAGUUCAGCGGCCAGAAGAUUCCCCGGUCUUCCAAGAUUCCCACUGACAAGAUUGAGUGGAUUCGAAUGGGCACCACGGUCGCCACAAAUGCUCUCCUAGAACGGAAAGGUGAAAGGAUUGCUCUUUGUGUGACCCGUGGGUUCAAAGACUUACUUCAGAUUGGGAACCAAGCACGGCCAAACAUCUUUGACCUAACUGUUUCGAAACCAUCAAAUCUCUAUGAGGAAGUUGUAGAGGUUGAUGAGAGGAUCGAGCUUGUUAUUGAUAAAGAAAAUGCUACUGCUUCGAUUCCGGGGAUAUCCGGGGAGCUCCUCAGGGUGGCAAAGCCCAUUGACGUAGAAGGGUUACGACCUUCUCUGAAAUGUCUACUUGACAAAGGAAUCAAUUGUUUGGCUGUUGUGUUGAUGCACUCCUACACCUACCCUCAUCAUGAAAUUUUGGUUGAGAAUUUAGCCCUGAGUAUGGGUUUCAGGCAUGUCUCUUUAUCUUCAGCUUUGACUCCCAUGGUGCGUGCCGUGCCUCGAGGUCUAACAGCCACUGUGGAUGCCUAUCUGACACCCGUUAUCAAAGAGUACCUAUCAGGGUUUAUGUCUAGAUUUGAAGGCGGGGCAGAAAGGGUAAAUGUCUUAUUUAUGCAAUCGGAUGGUGGUCUUGCACCGGAACAAAGUUUCUCUGGGCAUAAAGCUGUCCUGUCUGGCCCUGCAGGAGGGGUUGUUGGUUACUCUCAAACGCUCUUUGGGCUUGAAACAUCGAAACCCCUUAUUGGGUUUGAUAUGGGUGGCACAUCUACAGAUGUGAGUCGCUACAAUGGGUCCUACGAACAAGUACUUGAGACCCAAAUCUCUGGUGCCAUAAUUCAAGCACCACAGCUUGACAUAAACACUGUGGCUGCAGGUGGUGGUUCGAAGCUCAAGUUCCAGUUUGGUUCCUUCCAUGUGGGACCUGAAUCAGUUGGGGCACACCCUGGUCCGGUCUGUUACAGGAAAGGUGGGGAAUUAGCAGUGACUGAUGCUAAUUUGAUAUUAGGAACCAUUAUUCCAGACUAUUUUCCAUCCAUCUUUGGACCAAAUGAGGAUCAACCUCUGGAUGUUGAAGCUGCCAGAAAAGAAUUCGAAAAGCUAUCUAUUGAGAUAAAUUCUUACAGAAAGAGCCAUGAUUCAUCAGCAAAGGAUAUGACAAUAGAAGAGAUUGCUCUUGGCUUUGUAAAUGUUGCAAAUGAAACAAUGUGUCGGCCUAUCCGUCAGCUAACAGAAAUGAAAGGUCAUGAGACAAGAAAUCAUGCGCUUGCUUGCUUUGGGGGUGCAGGUCCACAGCAUGCAUGUGCUAUAGCCAGGUCAUUAGGCAUGUCUGAAGUCCUUAUCCACAGGUUCUGUGGCAUUUUGAGUGCUUAUGGAAUGGGCUUGGCUGAUGUCGUUGAGGAGGCACAGGAGCCAUAUUCUUCUAUCUAUACUCCUGGUAGUCUUCUUGAGGUCUCUCGAAGAGAGUCUGUGCUAUUAACACAAGUGAGACAAAAGCUCGGAGAUCAAGGUUUUGGAGAUGAAAGCAUAAACACAGAAACAUAUCUCAACUUGAGAUACGAGGGCACUGAUACAGCCAUCAUGGUCAAACAGCCAACGGGUGAAGACGGGAUUGAUUAUGCUGGUCGAUUUGAAAGAAUGUUCCAGAAAGAGUAUGGGUUCAAGCUGCAGAACAGGAAGAUUCUCAUAUGUGAUGUGAGGGUUAGAGGUAUAGGAGUCACCAACAUCUUGAAGCCUAGGGAGCUGGAACCAUCUAUGGGUAUUCCUCGAGCAGAAGGUUCCUACAAGAUCUACCUUGGCAAAGGCUGGCUGGAGACUCCAUUAUUCAAGCUUGAGAAAUUAGGAUAUGGGCACACCUUGCAUGGUCCUGCAAUCAUCAUGAAUGGUAACAGCACGAUUAUAGUGGAACCAAACUGUAAGGCAACGAUCACCAAGUACGGUAAUAUAAGAAUUGAGAUCAACUCAGCCCCAACAGCCAUAGAUAUAGCAGAGAAGGUUGCAGAUGUUGUGCAGCUCUCUAUUUUCAACCAUCGGUUUAUGGGUAUUGCAGAACAGAUGGGUCGAACCCUCCAGAGAACUUCAAUCUCUACAAAUAUAAAGGAGAGGCUGGACUUUUCUUGUGCUGUUUUUGGCCCCGAUGGAGGACUUGUUGCUAAUGCCCCUCAUGUCCCAGUUCAUCUGGGGGCCAUGUCAAGCACGGUAUGUUGGCAACUAAAUUACUGGGGUGAUAACCUUUAUGAAGGGGAUGUUCUUGUCUCUAAUCAUCCUUGUGCAGGCGGAAGCCAUCUUCCUGACAUAACCGUGGUAACUCCUGUUUUUGACAAUGGCAAGCUAGUUUUCUUUGUGGCCAGCAGAGGGCACCAUGCAGAAAUUGGUGGGAUAACUCCAGGAAGUAUGCCACCCUUCUCAAAGUCUAUAUGGGAAGAGGGUGCCGCGAUUAAGGCAUUCAAACUUGUGGAAGGAGGUAUCUUCCAAGAAGAGGGAAUUGUUAACCUGCUUCAAACACCUGGUUGGGAUGAAAAGUCUAAUAAUAAAAUCCUAGGAACUCGCAGGCUUCAAGAUAAUCUUUCUGAUCUUCGAGCCCAAGUAGCAGCAAACCAGAGAGGCAUAGCUCUCAUCAAGGAACUCAUUGAUCAGUAUGGUUUAGAGACUGUCCAAGCAUACAUGUCUUUUGUACAGAAAAAUGCUGAAGCAGCUGUGAGAGAGAUGCUCAAAACAGUUGCAGCUAGAGUGGAACAAGAAAAGGGAUCUGUUGUUGUUGAAGAAGAAGAUUAUAUGGAUGAUGGUUCUGCAAUCCACCUGAAGCUCAGCAUGGACUCUGAAAAAGGCGAAGCUAAUUUCGACUUUGAAGGUACCAGCCCAGAAGUUUAUGGCAACUGGAAUGCUCCUCAAGCAGUAACCGCAGCAGCAGUCAUAUACUGCCUUCGUUGUUUGGUGGACGUUGACAUACCACUGAAUCAAGGUUGCCUAGCUCCUGUGACAAUUCAUAUUCCUGAAGGCUCCUUCCUUUCACCAAGUGACAAGGCAGCUGUAGUUGGUGGCAAUGUACUUACAUCUCAGAGAAUAACAGAUGUUAUUCUAACUGCAUUCCAGGCAUGCGCCUGCUCUCAGGGUUGCAUGAAUAACCUGACCUUUGGCGAUGACACUUUUGGUUACUAUGAGACCAUUGGAGGUGGGAGUGGUGCAGGACCAACUUGGGAUGGAACCAGUGGAAUUCAGUGCCACAUGACCAACACUAGGAUGACGGAUCCAGAAAUAUUUGAGCAGCGGUAUCCUGUCCUUCUUCACAAGUUUGGACUCCGAGAAAACAGUGGAGGUGCUGGAUAUCACAGAGGGGGUGAUGGCCUGAUUCGAGAAAUAGAGUUCCGGCAGCCUGUUGUGGUCAGCAUUCUUUCAGAAAGGAGAGUGCAUGCACCUCGGGGCUUAAAAGGAGGCAUGGAUGGUGCUCGUGGUGCUAAUUACCUGAUCAAGAAAGACAAGCGAAGGGUGUAUCUCGGAGGGAAGAACUCUUUGAAGGUGGAUGCCGGUGAGAUUCUUCAGAUAUAUACUCCUGGAGGUGGUGGAUUUGGCUCUCCUCUUUGAUGCCUUUAUAUGCAUUUGCACUCUCUCGUUUUGCUGGAAUAACCGAAACGCAUUUGUUUGGCAUUGAAUGGAAAGUAUGAACUGUUUGUGACUCGGGUCUCCGAUCUUCAAAAUAAAUUUGCAAACGUUGCCCUUCUCUCUUGAUUACCGGAAAAAAUAAGAGAUGACUUUGAUUCAA